AUGUCAUCCGUUGGUGACGAACGCGGAUUCAGCCUCGCGUUCUUGCGGCGCGAGCUAGGGCUCGACAGCGGUGAACGCAUCGGGCUGGAGCUCCCGUGGUACGCCGUUGCCUGUUUGGAGCAGCAAGUGCGCCUGCGUAGGGUCGUCGCUAUUCGGAGCUCGCUUGUGGGAUCUGACGACGGCGGUCCGUCGUCGGAGGUGGCUAGCCACUGUGCCGUGUGCAUGGAGGAGGCAGAGGAGUACGCUGACAUCUACCACAAUCGGCUUCUUGGGCAAUUCGAACACUUGCCGCUUCGCAUCCAAUGGCUGAUGCACCGUUACGGCCUCGUCGAGAUCCGCUCCACGGGGCUCCCACGGUGGGCUGGCGCUGGGUAUGCCAUGAAGAUCAACGAUGACGACGAAUCCAGCUGGUUCUGUCCCUACAAACCGUACAAACACGGUUCCGCAUGGGCAGCAGAUUUGAGCCUCGGGACGAGCGGGAUGGAGCAGUUCAAUGCACGAUUCUGCGUGACAGCAGAAGAUUUACUUGAGGAGCGAAACGUCGAUUGGAGGCAGGAGUUGCUGGAGCUGGAUCCGAAGCGGUGCUCGAGCUGCAUGGCCCGCUUGGCAGUCAAUCGCAUGAGCAAAUGCUCGCGAUGCAAGGCGGUGCGCUACUGCUCUCGAGAAUGCCAGAAGCGGGACUGGGCAUACCACAAGAAGUACUGCAACGCUGUGGCAUGA